AUGCUACGUGUCUGCCUGUGCGUGCGCAUAUGCUGCAUUUAUUUAGCUGCAUCUGUGCCAGUUAUUCGUGUCCGCUGUUUUCAGGAGCUUGAUUUGUCACAGAGUUCUUUGCUGCGCAUUGUGGAACAGUUUGCUUUUUCGAAGAUACCAAAUUUGCGGAGCGUCAAUCUGAAUGACUCGCUGUCUCUUAUUUACGUCUCACCCCGUGCUUUCGUCAACAAUACGAUGCUCCUACAUUUGUCGAACUGUGCGCUCGAAGUAUUACCAGAUGGGUUGCUUGCGCGAGUUUCACGCGGCUCCUUUGACCAUAAUCCGCUUCAGUGCAGCUGUAUUGCCAAGUCUAUCAAGAGUCAUAUUACUCGCGUACGUGGCCUAGAACAAGCAACUUGCUCAACAUUAGACGGUGCUUCGAAGAGGCUGUCAACUUAUACGACAUGGCCGCUGGAAGAAUGUCGUCCAGAGCCUGUACUACCAUUUGGAGAUUCACUGAAUGCUAUCAUCGGGGAGCAGUUUUCUAUUUAUUGUGCUCCACGUCAAUCCUCAGAUAGUGUGAUAUGGAGAUUUCCCAAUCGGACCGACAUCCCAACUACAGAUGAUACCGUUCAUUUGCCAGUUGUCAUUGAAAUUCAUUACAAAAACACGUCUCUGAAUACACAGCAUUUACUUAAUCCAAGCUAA